ACGAGUUGGCUCUACGAGCGAGAGUCCAUCUUGGAGAGCUGUUCUUUCACCUCCGAUAUUUUACCGUAAGCCGGUUAAGUUCAACUUAUUUCGCCUUCUGUGAUCCUAAACUACCACGAUGGCUGACGCAGAGCAGCAGUUCAUGGAGACCUCCGAGAACGGGAACGAGGAGAACGGCAACGGAGCGGAAUUCACGGAGGCCGCGGCGGAUGAUGAGAACGGAGGCGGCGAGGGAGGACAGAUCGACGCCAGCAAGGGCGACGAAGAUGCCGGUAAAAUGUUUGUUGGAGGGCUCAGCUGGGACACCAGCAAGAAAGAUCUCAAGGACUAUUUCUCAAAGUUUGGGGAGGUGACCGACUGCACCAUCAAGAUGGAUUCAAACACCGGCCGGUCACGAGGGUUUGGAUUCAUCUUGUUCAAAGAGCCAGGGAGUGUUGACAAGGUGAUGCUGCAAAAGGAACACCGACUUGAUGGGCGACAGAUCGAUCCUAAGAAGGCAAUGGCUAUGAAGAAGGAGCCAGUCAAGAAAAUAUUUGUUGGUGGCCUAAACCCUGAAACCACCGAAGAGAAGGUCCGAGAAUACUUUGGGGCCUUUGGAGAGAUCGAAACUAUGGAACUGCCAACUGAUCCAAAGACUAGCAAAAGGAGGGGCUUUGUUUUCAUCACCUACAAGGAGGAAUCUGCUGUCAAGAAAAUCCUUGAAAAGAAAUACCAUAAUGUUUGUGGAAGCAAGUGUGAGAUUAAAGUCGCCCAGCCGAAGGAGAUCUACCAGCAGCAGCAGUACGGGAAUCGUGGAGGCUUUGGAGGUCGUGGCAGGGGCCGUGGGGGGGGUCAGAACUGGAACCAGGGAUAUAACAACAGCUACUGGAACCAGGGCUAUGGCAACCAAGGCUACGGUGCCCAGCAGGACUAUGGCGGGUAUGGUGGAUAUGGCAACUAUGACUAUUCCUCUGGCUACUAUGGUGGCGGGUAUGGUGGAUAUGACUACAACCAGGGAACUCCAAGCUAUGGUAAAACACCCAGACGUGGUGGCCACCAGAGCGGCUACAAGCCGUACUGAUCACAUGUAGAACAGGACUGAAGUAUUCUCAAACCAGUAGUGUGACGCGUGACAACAGCAGGUCUCACCGACAUGGACUCUCUUUUACAGGAUAAGAUCAUGAUCCAUUUGUACAGAACCGACUAAUAGGGGAAGCAAUGUCACUUCCACAUUUUUAUUUUUGUUUUAUUUUCCUUUGUCCACGUGCAUUUCCAGAGUUGGAAGUGUUAUUUUUACUGUACUUUUUGGUACCUUUUUUGAAUAAUGUAUUGUAUGGUUGUAUUUUACUUGUCUACUGGAUUUACCACAUGAGGUUCGGGAGCUGCCAGAGCUUUUGAAAUAAAACAAUUUUGAGUAAUUUCCCCAGUGUUUCCAUAUGUUUACUACGCUUGAAUUUGCUUAUUUCUGUUGCAUGGGUUCAAACCUGCGUAGAAUAGGAGGUAGUUUGAUUAGCAUCACUGCAGUAAUCUAAUGUGAGCAUUUUGAUAAUUCUGGAAGUUAAUUUGUUUGCUUGGAUUUUAAUUUUAAUUAUUUUUUUUUUUAAACCUGUCAUGGUUGUAAUGAAGCUGAAGCGUUUUGUGGACGCUAGUGAACCGAUGUUUCUCACAUCUCAUUCCUAUAGUGUUGGUAGAAAUAAAUGAUUUGUAA